GGCGAAGUCGCCACGACGUCGUUUUAAGAACGUUUGUGAUUGUGAUGGAGUCUAGUACGAUGGCGCUCCAAUCUCGUCUCUGCGCGCUCUCCUGCAACGCUCGGGCGCUACUGACGCCGCUUUCGCAGUGCGCCUUGGGCCACCGUGGAUGUACUUUGCUUACAGUUCAAGUCUUCGUGUAGCUGAUGUACUUCAUAGCUGCGAGGGAGGCUCGUCAAAUAAAAGCAGUUAUAAUGGGACCAGAGCUUACUGUAGUGGCGGAGAUCUUUCAGCUAAAAAAUGUGUGCCUUGCAACUCUAAAGAUCUGAGGCCUAUGACUGAGGAUGCAGCGAACAAGUUAAUGAAACAGGUUCCCGGAUGGAAUCUGGUAAGCGAAGGUGGGGUCCAAAAGCUGAAUGGGUCAUGGAAAGUUAAGACAUUCGUGAAAGGCAUGGAUUUUCUUCAGCUCGUAGCUGAUGUUGCAGAAGCAGAAGGCCAUCAUCCCGACCUUCAUCUCAUCGGAUGGAACAAUGUGAAGAUCGAUAUAUGGACUCAUGCAGUGGGUGGACUCACUGAGAAUGACUUCAUUCUUGCUGCCAAGAUCAAUGGACUUAAUUUCCAUGACCUUCUGAGAAGAACUCCAACUAAUAAAUGACUUGCUAUCCCUCCACAGCUUUUUAUCAUUUGCUUGCAUCUGAUGCAAUAAUUAGGGUUUGGUUCUUUAGAUUGGAUUGGGAAAAAGUUUUAUUUAAAUUUGAUAUUAAAUAAUGUUUGAUGAGA